CUCGAGCUCCGAGUGUGACCAGACGAGUCGAACGGUUGACAGCUGUCAGCUGACGGUGUUGGUAAGCGCGCGAACUGCUCUCCACGUUUUGUUUAUAAAAUUGAAUUUAACGAGAAGCCAUGAAAAACCAGGAUUUGGUGGAUUACUUGAGGUCCUGCGGGGUGUGCGAAGUUUGCCAGCUGCGUUACCUGAAGGCCAGGGGCACGGAGUACAGGGACAUCAAGGAAACCCUGCAGAAGUUGGACGUAAAGCUGAAUGAAAAUGUGGAGAACGGAGAAGGAAACGAGGAGCAACCGGCCAAGAAAGCCCGCCUGGGCAUUUGUGCCACCUGUUUGGGCCUGUUCUCAAAGGAUUUUCAGACGGAGCUUCUCGGAGGCAUUCUGGCCUCGGACUUUGGCAAAUACGAUUGCCAGAAAAUCGUGCUCGCCAUAAGUUUGCCCAUGUCGCUGCAACUGAGGCAGUUGGCCAUGUGGUUCGCCCUGCAGAGGAAAUUCGGAGCAGACAUAGACGGCACCAAUCCGCCAGAUGUUCCCAUAAAGGAGGCUGUUAAACUGAUCCUGCACCCUAUAAUCUGCGAAAAGCUGGCCAAGGAGUACGAUGCCAAUGGCCUGAUGAUCAAUAUAGAUCUCACGCACAAACUGGAGGGCGAGGAGGUGGAGAAGCUGGUGAAACUAAACAAGGAGGCCUUUCCCGCCAAGGCUGCGUACCAGAAACGCAUUGAAAUCUCGAGGGGAUUGCUGGAGAAACAGUAUCAGCCGUCUAAGGUGCGGGCGGAAACCUUUGAGAAAUACUUCCAGAUUCCCUGCUCCAUCGUAGACGAACCUCUAAGGCUAACUUCCAUAGAUCUGCAGGGACCCCUGGUUUGUGUGGCUGGCAGAUACCGAAAGCUGAGCCGGGAACUCUCGCACACUCCCUGGAUCCUGAAUGGCCAACGACUGAUGGAGGACAGUAUCGAGGAAAUCAUCAUCAGGCACGUGGGUCCCCACUUCACAGAGAAGCUGGACAAGAUCACCUUUAUGUCCAGCGGCAGGGAAGAUGUGGAUGUUCGUUGUUUGGGCAAGGGCAGACCCUUUGUUUUGGAAAUACCCAAUGCCAUAAGGAGUAGCUUGAGCAAGGAGCAGGCCUUCAAGAUGGAACGGGCUGUGGAUGCCUCUGAAAAAGUGUCCAUACUUAAUCUACAAGUCGUGGCCAGAGAAGAAUUAACCCACAUAAAGACGGGAGAAGAACUGAAGAAGAAAUUCUACCGCGCUCUUUGCGCUUUGAAGGAGCCCGUUUCAGUGGAGAUCCUGGAGAAACUGCAAAUCUUAAAGAGCUUCGAUAUUCAGCAAAAGACGCCCAUCCGAGUCCUUCACCGUCGCCCUCUGCACACGCGUCCUAGAACGAUUUACAGUGUUAAGGCAAUGGUGCAGAGGGGGAAUCCCAAAGCUUUGGUCAUCGAUAUCGUCACUCAGGCGGGCACCUACAUAAAGGAGCUGGUUCACGGCGAAUUCGGCCGAACCACGCCUUCAUUGUCCUCGAUCAUAGGACAACCCAUCGACAUUCAAGCACUGGAUGUGGUAGGAAUCGAUUUGGAUUGGCCCCCCGCGGUAGAUAACUCAAUUCACGAGGAGUAGCGAUGUUAGUUUUGGGUAUUUCUUAAUUGUUAAAUAUUUUAAAGCCUAAGCUCAUAAGCAUAAGUAAGAAGAUAUGAUUAAAGGUAAUCUUUCUGCCUUCGAAAACUUAAAAGUUCUUUUAAAACUUUGACCUGCAUUAAAAAUAAACAUUUUAUAACACAAGCUGUGCAAAUUUAAA